AUGGAGAAAGUCAACAGCAAUUCCCUACACGUGGAGGGAGCCUCCACGACCCCUUCCGCCAUCGAAGCCGGCAAACAUGAAGCCUUUUAUGUCGAGGAUCGCCUCGCUAAUCUAUCCGAGGAGCAUCGCCAGUAUCUUCUCGCGCGCCAUGGCACCCUUGAUCUGGAUCCAAUUCCAGAUAUGAAUGAUGCAGACCCAUAUAAUUGGCCGACAUGGAGAAAAUCAGUCAAUCUCUUCCUCGUCGUCUUCCACGCCAUGAUCGGUCUUUUCACCGCCGCCUCCAUCCAGUCGGCCUUUGUCGAGAUCUCUGCCGACCUAGGUGUAAGCCUACAGCGCACCAGUUACUUGGUCUCCCUAUUCAUCGCCGUCCUCGGUGGCGCUCCUCUCUUCUGGCGCCCACUAUGCAAUCGCUAUGGACGCAGACCUAUAUUCCUGAUCUCACUCAUCUGCGCCCUCGUCGGCAACGUGGGCUGUGCCGAGAGUCACUCAUAUGCAACCAUGGCGUUGUGUCGAGCCAUCACGGCCUUUUUCAUUAGUCCUGCUGCUGCCAUUGGAAGUGCAGUUGUCGCCGAAACUUUCUUCAAGAAAGAUCGCGCUCGCUGCAUGGGUUACUGGACUCUGAUGGUGACUCUUGGUGUCCCCAUUGCGCCGUUCAUCUUCGGCUUUGUCGUCUUACGCGUGGGAUACCGCUGGAUCUACUGGAUCUUAGCCAUCACCAACGGCGUCCAAUUCAUCGUCUACUUCUUCUUUGGCUCCGAGUCAUUGUACCUGCGCACCGAUAAUGCGCCCCGUCAAAUCACCAGCGUCAAGGAGAGCAUUUACAAGUUCCGUCGCAUCGACCCUGCCCCCUUGCGCUUGUGGGACUUUAUUCAACCGCUGAGCUACUUCGCGAAGCCCUGCGCGCUGAUCCCGGCGUGUGCCUACGCCAUGAUCUUCCUCUUCGGUAGCAUUUGCCUCACCAUUGAGAUUCCCCAGGUCUUCCCGCAGAAAUUCGGCCUCAACAGUCAGCAAGUCGGUCUCCAAUUCCUGGGUCUCAUCGUGGGAUCCGUCAUUGGCGAGCAGAUUGGCGGAUUGAUCUCGGAUCGGUGGAUGCUUCUCCGCCAGAAGCGCGCGGGCGAGCCCCCUGCCCCAGAGUACCGUUUAUGGUUGAGCUAUAUCGGUCACGCCUUGACGAUUUGUGGUCUUGUGGUCUUCGCCGUGCAGCUGGGUAAUGCAAGUAGCCAUUGGAACGUGACCCCAAUCAUCGGAGCGGGCAUUGCGGCUGCUGGUAACCAGAUCGUGACCACAAUCAACAUCACCUAUGCCGUCGACUGCUACCGCGCGGAUGCAGCCAGUGUGGGUGUGUUUAUUACUUUUGUGCGUCAGACUUGGGGAUUCCUUGGUCCCUUCUGGUUCCCCCAAAUGUUUGAGAAUGUCGGCUGGGGCGGCGGUGCGGGAAUUGCCGUGGCGAUGAUGGUGAGCGUCAGUGUCAUCCCCACCAUGAUCUUGCAGUGGCGCGGCUCAAAUUGGCGUCACUGA